AUUCUCCAUUCACAUAUCCAUCACUUCACUCAUUUCCCUUCCCUAUAUGUAUAUAUAUAUAUAUGUAUGUAUAUAUAAUACUCGUAAUAAUAUAUUCAGCUUAAAUUAAUGAUCUGAUCUGUCAUUCUGCUGUGCGUGAUCCAAUCAUUAUGAAUUCAUCAAGUUGCGGCAUCAUUACUUUUUUGCUACUCUUUAUUGUUGGGUGUUCUGCAAGGAGACUCUAUCCACAUCCAAGUGAAAGUGAAAACGCCAAACAGACCUUACAGACGUUUCGUGCAUUUAACAUUGCUCAUCGGGGUUCAAAUGGAGAAUUACCAGAAGAAACUGGUCCUGCUUACCUGAGAGCAAUUGAGGAAGGAGCGGACUUCAUAGAAACCGACAUAUUGACUAGCAAAGACGGUGUUCUUAUGUGCCACCAUGAUGUUACACUUGAUGAUACAACUGAUAUUGCAGAACACAAGGAGUUUGCAGACCGAGUAAAGACAUAUGAAGUUGAAGGAGCUAAUAAAACUGGACUGUUCAUAUUUGACUUUACAUUAAAAGAAUUGAAAACAUUGAGGGCAAAGCAGAGGUAUGCAUUCCGUGAUCAGCAAUAUAAUGGAAAGUAUCCUAUCAUUACAUUCGAAGAGUACAUUCAAAUUGCAAUUGAUGCACCAAGAGUCGUUGGGAUAUAUCCUGAAAUCAAAAGUCCUAUAUUGAUGAAUCAGCAAGUGAAAUGGUCAAAAGGGAGGAAAUUUGAAGACGUUUUUGUGGAAACCCUAAAGAAAUACGGAUAUGAAGGUUCAUAUUUAUCGAAAGAAUGGCUGAAAAAGCCAUGUUUUAUUCAGUCAUUUGCUCCAUCUUCACUCGUUUACAUCCACAAUAAGACCGAUUUACCAAAAGUCUUUCUAAUUGAUGAUGUGGAUGUAACAACACAGGACACAAACCAGACAUAUGCGGAAAUCACUUCAAAUCAUUAUUUUGACUAUAUCAAGGAUUAUGUUGUCGGGAUUGGUCCAUGGAAGGAUACCAUUGUUCCUGUAAUAGAUAACUACCUCCAAACGCCUACCGAUCUUGUGGCCAGAGCACACGCCCACAAUUUACAGGUGCACCCAUAUACAUUUCGCAAUGAAAAUGAUUACUUGCAUUUCAACUUCUGUCAAGACCCUUAUAUGGAAUUUGAUUACUGGAUAAACACAAUGGGAGUUGACGGGCUUUUUACAGAUUUUGCUGGUAGCCUCCACCAUUACCAGGAAUGGACCUCUCGAUCACCCAAUGAGGUCGACGCAACCAAAACAUUGCAAAAGAUUUCCAAAUUGAUUAGAAAAUACGAAUUUCCUGUCAGAACAUAGGUCCUUCCAAACAUCAUUAUUUUAGGUGUGUCUUAUUGUGUAAACAUCAUCUAUUAGUGAAACAAAUAGUUUGUGAUUUUUUUUUUGUUGAUAAUGAAAUCAUGGAUUAUGUGAAA